ACAAACGUAAGUUACAGCUGCUGAGGUAUGGCAUAUCCAUUAGCAAUGCAUGCUAGUUUGCUUAGCUCCCUGCCUUGCCAUCUGGGCAGAACAAGUAAGGUUAAAGCAUCAAAGGGUUCUUAUCAGAUUACAUAGAUGUUCCCAGUGUAAUCUUAAACCGUUGUUACCAAGUGACAAAGGAAGGAGAGUGAAUUAAGAACAAAGAUUGACAGGAGGGUUACCUUUCUUCUUUAUUUUUAAAUAACGGAUGGACACUAUUUUUGAAGAGACAUGCAAGUUAUGAAAUGGGACUUUUCACUUCUCUUAGCCUUUUAGCUGGAUUCCAUAUAAAUGCUUCCCACGGAACUGGUGUUGAUACGGGGACAGUGAAAGUAAAGCGAAACGGGUAAAAAGAAAAUAAUCUAAGUUUCAGCUGGUUUUGUAACAGCUCCCAUGCUUCAUUUCAUUACUUCAUGGUGUACAUAGUCUGAAGCCUUUCUUUCAGAUGCCAGACCAACAGAAAAAGAUAGUUUUCUGCACCGCUGGUAUUCUGAGUUUUGCUUCUGCCCUCACUAUUGCUGCAGCCAUAGGUACCCAGCUAUGGAUCAAAGGAACUGUUCUCUGUAAAACAGGAGCACAACUUGUUAAUGCUACAGGGCAGGAGCUGGAGAAGUUUUUAGGAGAAAUUCAUUAUGGACUGUUUCGUGGACAGAAAUUAAGGCAGUGUGGAUUGGGAGGAAGGACAAUUACAUUUUCAUUUUUUCCAGAUCUUUUGACUGUUGUCCCUGCAAGUAUCCACGUGUGCGUCAUAAUUUUCUCAGCUGCACUCAUUAUCAUUUCCCUGGUGGAGACAGGAUUUUUCAUGUAUAAUGCAUUUGGAAAGCCAUUUGAAACUCUGCACGGACCAAUUGGACUCUACUUGUGGAAUUUUAUUUCAUGUUGCAGCGGUUUUCUUAUCAUGAUACUAUUUUUGUCCGAAGUGAAGCUGCACCGUCUUUCUGAGAAAAUAGCAAACUACAAGGAAGGAAACUUCAUUUUUAAAACUCACAAAGAGCAAUAUGGAACAUCUUUUUGGCUCAUUCUGAUUUGUUUUUUCACUCACUUUCUGAACAUUCUUUUGAUACGACUAGCUGGAAUUAAAUUUCCAUUUCACAGUUCAAAGGAAACAGAUAAUGGCACUUCUGCAGCAGCAGAUCUUAUGUAUUGAAAUAUUUUACAAUAAAGGCCCUUCACACAUAUUUCUUUUUUAAA